AUGUCUACUGAAUUGAAUCCAAUUGAUAUGAAACAAUCAUCACCAACAACUGAUGAAUCAAUGAAAGUAGAUCUAAUAAAAAUGGAUGAUAAUUUAAAAUCAAAUAUUACAUGUGAAUUAUAUGAUACAUUAAUAGAUCCAGAAUGUAAAAAAUCUAAAUUAUCUGAUGUUUGGGAAACAAGUCAUACACCUCCAUUAGAAUGUCAAGAAUAUGAUUCGUUAAAAGUUAAAAAAGAUCUAUACAAUGAUAUUACUACCAAUGUAGAUGUUGUUGUUGUUGUUGAUGAUGAUGGUGAUAAUUUGAAAAAAUUCCGUGAUACAGAAAAAACUGUAUCAUGUUAUAGACAUACAGAUGAUUAUGAAAUAUAUCAUUCUAGUAUUGAAAAAGAUAUUUGUACAGAAUUGGAUAAUCCUAUGUACAUACCAAUUAAAUUACCAUUGAGUAGUAAUUUAUAUGUUCCAGUAUAUUAUGUACAGUCGAGUGAAGAAACUUCACCUAAAUUAAAUAAACAUAAUUUGGAUUUUAAUGACUUAAAUAAUAUCCAUAAGGAUUCUAUUAUUAAUAAUAAUAAUAUCAAAUCAAAGGUAAGUCAUAAAUAUCGAUUAAAUUCUCAUGAUAACCUAAGUAAAGAAGAUGAAUCUCAACGACUAACUAGUGAUUAUCAUAUAAAUAUUAAUAAUCAGGGAUAUGAAAAUUGUUUAUCAAAAUAUGAUACAACUAAGCCAGAACCUAAUCCUUAUGAUUUAGAAAUAUGUAAUGUACAGACAGAAUUAAAUGAACCAUUAAUGAAAACAAAACAUUCAGAGAAAUCGAAAACUAGUAAAGUGUUAUUAAAACAAAAAUUACAUUUUAUGAAGCCAAAACUAAAAAUGAAUAUGAAUAAUACAGAAAAUGACAUUGUUAUACUGGAUAGUCAGGGAAAAAUGACUGAUGAAAGUAAUAGAAUUGAAAAAAGACAAAAAAUUGGUUGUUCACCAAAACUUAAAUUUAAAAAACAUGAACAUCGAAAUAGAAAGGAAUCAGAAAUUAUGCAACAAAAAGAUAAACCUGAUGAAGGAGUUAUCAGUGGAAAACAAUACAAAAUUCCUGAUCAACAUUUAAAUAAUCAACUUAAUGAACAUGUCCCAAUUGAAACAUCAGCAAUGGAAAACAAAAACGUGAUAAGAAAAAUGAAAAUUCUACCUCGAAAGAAAAAUGAAGUAAAAGAAAACGAAAAACAGAUUACAAAAGGAGUACAAAACAAAGAAAGACGAAUAAGGGAAAAUAGAUUGGGACUGACUGGGAAGGUUUCUGCACCCGGUGUGGAUGUCAGUGUUCCGUCGAAGAAGAAGAAGUUCACCUUCGGUUGGGGCUCGAAAGACAAGAAGGCGAAGAAGGUGAAGUUGCCCACAGUGUCGGGAGACGUGGAUGCUAGUUUGGAUGUGGGUGGAAAGGUUGAUGUUCCCAGUGUGAAGGUUGAUGUGGACUCAGGUGAUCGAGUCAAAGGUAAGAAGUUCCACUGGUCUCCGAAUAUCUCAUUGCCAAAGUUGAAAGUGCAUGGACCAGAUUUGUCUGGAAAACUUCAUGCAGAUGCACCUGAUGUAGAUGUGAAUGUGACUGGUCCAUCUGUGGAGAUGCCAUCUCUGAAAGCCAGUGGUCAUUUGCCUACUGUCGAUGUGUCCGUUCCCGAUGCAUCGUUGGGAGGUGAUCUAUCCGGUAAGCUCGAUUUGGAGGGUGUCGGUGUGGGAGUUGUGGACGCCGAUUUGAAUCUGCCAGACCUACAGAUCUCAGGAAAUGUGAGUGCACCGUCUGUCGAGGGAGACCUAUCCAUGCCAGAUGUUUCCGCCAAUCUGGACACAGAUGUGAAACUGCCCAGUGUGCAACUGACUGGUCCAGAUCUCCGUGUACAUGGUGAGAUGCCGGAUGUGGAUGUGGGUGCUAAGGUGGAUGUGCCGAAACCACAUAUUUCAAUCAAGACACCGAAAUUCGGGUUCGGUCUGGGCAAGAAGAAGACGAAAGUGAAGACUCCAAAGGCUGAUGUGAAAGUGGAGGGUGGAGCAGGUGGGGAUAUAGAUUUGGAUGCCGGUUUGGACGCUCACUUAGAUGGUAAAGCAAGAAAGGGAGGUAAGAAGUUCCAUUGGUCUCCUAAGUUCGGGUUGCCGAAGGGUGGUCUGAAGAUUGGUGGAGGUGCUG